UAAGUGGAGAGGAUCCUGGCUAAAUUUGAUGAUAUCCAGCGGCAGUAAAUCGGCAAGCUGCGGACCGAAAUGCGAACAGCGUUUCCUUUGCCCGUUCGCCUGGCCUUCUAUACCCCGUCGAGUGCUGGUCUCCGGAUCUAUUUUCCUCCGCGCUCUUAUUCCGGUCCUCUGGUUAGGGUUUCCAACCUUAAUUUCGUCAAGAAGAUGAGCACCUCGACCGAGGCGGCGGCGACGGCCGGAGAGCCCGCUCCUCCGUCCGAUGGCGGCGGAGAGCAGGGCGACGCGAUUGUACAGUACGUGGUCCUCCGGCGCGACCUGGUCGACACGUGGCCGCUCGGGAGCAUCGUGAGCCAGGGCUGCCACGCCUCCGUGGCCGCAAUCUGGUCCCACCGCGACCAUCCCGACACCGCGGCCUACUGCUCCGAAUCCAACAUCGACUCCAUGCACAAGGUGACUCUGGAGGUGAAGGGGGAGACGCAGCUACGGAACCUGUCGGAGAAGCUGGAGGCAGGACGGAUCGAGCAUAAGCUGUGGAUCGAGCAACCGGAGAACAUCCCCACCUGUCUUGCUACCAGGCCAUACCCUAAAUCCCAAGUUGCCUCCUCCUUCAAGAAGCUUAAGCUUUGCAAGUGAGCCAGGCAAAGCAUGACCGCCCGCCCAUUGUUUGAUCUCGUGUCUUUUCACAGAGAAUCCACAGAGUUGCUGUGAUUCCUUUUUCUUGCUUCAGAGAAGAAUAAAAGCGUGGAGAUUCUGCUCUAUAAUUUCUACAGACAUUUAAAAGCACAAGUUGUCGAUUUGCGAAAGGGGCAUUCUCUAAGAAGAUGGGGAAAUUAAAUAUUUCGCCAUGUUGACGUGGAUGUGCACUAACAUUUAGCCAUAACCAUCACUGUUAAACAUGUUUGAACGAAUCAUCUAUUUUGUAUCGGGGUUCUAAGCAUCACUUGCCGAAUAUUUUCGUGUGAUUUCAAUUUGUUUUCAUAUAUCUAUGUCUAUUUCUUCUAA